UACAUAUUCUAGAAAUCAGACGAAUGACUAGAAUUUGGGCAUAAAAUAUGAAUAACUGCUUAAAGCUAUUAAUUUUAUUGAUGUUCUCGUGUUUUAUCACAACGUUUGCAGCCAUCAAAAGACCCCCCGCGUCGUCCAUCAGUUGUUACACUUGUAGUUCGCGUAAUAAGUCUGAGCCGUAUUGUGCGGACCCUUUCCAUCCAGCGAUGUCUAAAUACAUCGAGAACUGUAAGGUUCCCAAACAGCUGCACAUCGGGGUAUUUCCCGCACGAUUCUGUGUUAAAGUGAUCGGCAAAACAGUGACAACAGGAGAGGAGCUGGUGAUUAGGGCCUGUUCUCUAGAGAAUAUGGACAACCAAUGUGGUAGUUUUAAGUUUGAAAAGGAUACACUCCAGGCCUUCCAGUGUAGAUGA